AUGAUCACUGGACUGGCUGCUUUGGUUCUACUCGACCUGAUUCAGACUGCAGAGGUUUCUCAACAGAUGUCUUUGACUGAGGCUGAAGUUGGUGGAAAUGUUACUCUUCCCUGUCCAGUUUCUGGAAUGGUUGAAAAUUUUUUUUACUGGUACAAGCAGUCUCCUGGACGAAUGGUCCAAACAGUUGCUUCUGGGCUUCAUGGCAAAUCAACAGUCAGUGAACAAUUUUCACGGUUCACAGCAACAAAAGAGGAUGAUCAGUAUUUUCUUACCAUCAUAAAUAUCAGCAAAGAGGAUGAAGCAACAUACUUCUGUCAGACUGUGUCUGGGUAUUUAUCGAGUUUGGUCAGUGUCACCUUCUUGGCUGUGAACGAUGGUAAUCAUCAGAAAUCUUUCUACGUGAAACAGAGUCCAGAGACUGAGAUGGUCCAGCAGGGCGACCCAGUGACUCUCCAGUGUUCUCUUCUCUCCAAGAACAAAGAAAACACAGACCAGUGUCCAGCUGAACACAGUGUGUACUGGUUCAGAUCUGGACCAGGAGCAUCUCAUCCAGGCCUCCUUUACACCCACAGUGAUGAACAAGAGGAAAGAAGUUGUGUCCACAGUCUGUCCAAAACUAUCCAGAACUCCUCUGAUACUGGGACUUACUACUGCGCUGUGGUCACAUGUGGACAGAUCCUGGUUGGUGAAGGAACUAGAGUGGAGACAAGAUCAGAACUGGAUCCAGUUGUCCUGGUUCUUGGAGUCCUGUUGGCCUGCUGUCUGACUGUGAUUGCCGUCCUUACAUAUAUUUUGUAUCGAAGGAGCAACCACUGCAAAGUGUUUGACACUGACUAUACUGACUUGUACCUGUGA